GAUAUACGUGACGUCUCGCGGUAGUAAACAAUCCUCAGCUGACGUGGAGCAGGAGCCGUUGGACCUGGAUCCGGACUGGUUUCACUGGACCCGGACCAGUUUUACUGCCUUACACAACAGCUCCUUCUUCUGUCUCCGUUCAUUGUUGGAAUAAACUCAAUAAAUGCGUCGGUGAAGUUUAAGCUGAUCUAAAAAACUGCGGCUCCUUCUGUAACUUUCGAGGUAAGAUGGCGGCGGCGGAGGAGGCCAGCAGGCCGUUCGCCGGUCUGUCCGACGUCUCCAUCUCCGAGGACAUCCCGGUGGAGGGGGACAUCUCCGUACCCGUGGGCUCCUCCAGGCGGGACGAGGAGUUCUCUACCCUGGACGAGCCGGUGAAGGAGACCAUCCUGCGGGACCUGCGGGCGGUCGGGAAUAAGUUCAUCCACGUCCUGUACCCGAAGCGGAGCUCGGCGCUGCUGCGGGACUGGGACCUGUGGGGCCCGCUGCUGCUGUGCGUGACCCUGGCCCUCCUGCUGCAGGGCGGAGCGGCCGACAACGACGACCAGGGAGGCCCGCAGUUCGCAGAGGUCUUCGUCAUCGUCUGGUUCGGCUCCAUCAUCAUCACCCUGAACUCCAAGCUUCUGGGCGGGACCAUCUCCUUCUUCCAGAGCCUGUGUGUGUUGGGUUACUGCAUCAUGCCCCUGACGGUGGCCAUGAUUGUGUGUCGGCUGGUCCUGCUCGGCAGCUCGGGGACGGUCAGCUUCGCCGUGCGCCUCAUCGUGGUCACGGCGUCCUUCGGCUGGUCCACCUUCGCCUCCACGGCCUUCCUCGCCGACAGCCAGCCGCCGAACCGAAAGGCCCUGGUGGUGUACCCGGUGUUCCUGUUCUACUUUGUGAUCGGGUGGAUGGUCCUGACGUUCUCGCCGUCACAGUAGAGAUGACGCUAAAGACUGGAGUCGAACUGUAAAAGAGACAAACACCAGAAUCUGCCUUUGAACGACUACUGACCCCAACGAGAGCGAUGAGACUCAUGGGACAUCAAAUAGUCCCUUCCUGUGCUGCAGGCGGAUGAAUACGUUCAUUCCAGAAAUGUUUACGCGAUGUGUGAAUAAGGUCUGAAGGCAUGUAAAUAGAAAUGUUCUAUGAAUAUCGACCGGGGCUGUGAUUACUCUCAUUCUCACCGUCGAAAAGGAGCAAACCAGUGAUUUGUCAUCUUUAAAAGUUAAUUUAUAGUCAGUUACUGCAGCAGUGCAUUCAUCUAUAAAUAGAAUCUGUGAUCUGAAUUAUCUGAUUUAUCAGUAAAAACACGACUGAGCCUCGUCAGAGUUGAACUGGGUGACAUGUUUCUGCUUGUGGAAACGGAAGGAAACACUAGUUUUAUCAAAGUGACUAAUAAUCUGACAGCAUCCAUCAGUUUUAUUUUAUAUUAGAGUCUUUACUGAAGUGUAAAAACCCAGUUUGUUUUCUGGGCUGUAAAUAACAGUCUGUCUUUAGCUGAAAGAAAGUCUCCCUCUUUAUGAAGAUAAUCAGUCUAGUAUAGCUAGUCUAGUUAACCUUCCAGUAUCUAGGUGAGCUUAUUAUGCACACUUUGCACUUCAUGUUAUAAAAGCUCAUUAUUUUUCACAAUUUUUUUUAGGUCAGAAUUAAAAAGUUAUUCAUUUUUGCAAGACUUUUAAAAUUCUGACCCAGCCACUAAAAUC